UGAUCGAGAGAGGCUGUUAGUACGAGGCCAUUUCCAGAAAGGCCCCGAGGCGGCGGAAUCCGAUACAUUAUUUAAAAAACAAAAGAAAAAAGAAAAAAGAAAGAAAAAAAAGGGAAAAUAAAAUACGAGCAGUGAGAGGAAGCACACAAGAAGGUUCAGAUUUGAGAGACUUGACUUGACCCAAACAACCGCCACGGCAGAGGGGCACACCGCACUCCCAGCCAUCGUCCUCGCUCCUCGCCGUCGCCCCCGGCCACCCCGUCGGCCGUCGCCCCCCACCCUGAUCCGACCUCGCCUAGGGCUUCCGGCCGGGGACCCCCGCCCACCCUCCUCGCGAUGUCUGACGUCACCUCUGCCGACUCGGCGCCGAACCGCCGCUCGCCGCCGCCGCCGUCGCCGUCGCCGUCGAUGCCGCGCUUCCAGCAGCAGCCGAGCGGGCGCCAGCCGCCCCCGCCCGGCGCCGACCCCUUCGCCUUCGGCGUCGUCGCCUUCAUCGGCAUCUGCUUCGUGCUGAUUUCACUCUCAGCCCCAUCAAGUGUUUUACAUCAAGUUCCUGAAGGACAUGUUGGGGUAUACUGGAGAGGAGGUGCUCUUCUGAAGACAAUCACUCCUCCAGGGUUUCAUCUGAAGCUCCCUUUGAUCACCCAGUAUGAGCCAAUACAGGUUACACUUCAAACAGAUCAGGUCAGAGAUAUUCCUUGUGGAACAAAAGGUGGUGUUAUGAUCAGCUUUGACAAGAUAGAGGUUGUGAACCGCCUCCGCAAAGAGUUUGUGCAUGAAACCCUACUCAACUAUGGUGUGCACUAUGACAAGACAUGGAUAUAUGAUAAAAUUCAUCAUGAGAUUAACCAGUUCUGCAGUGCUCACAGUUUGCAACAAGUUUACAUUGACAUGUUUGAUCAGAUUGAUGAAACAAUGAAAGAAGCUAUUCAAAGAGACUGUACACGCUAUGCUCCUGGAAUUGAAAUCAUCAGUGUUCGUGUUACGAAGCCGAACAUACCUGGUAGUAUCAGAAGAAAUUUUGAACUUAUGGAGGAGGAGCGUACCAAGGCACUGAUCGCCAUUGAGAAGCAAAAGGUAGCAGAGAAGGAGGCAGAAACACAGAAGAAGAUUGCACUGUCUGAAGCAGAGAAGAACGCACAGGUGAGCAAGAUCCUGAUGGAGCAAAAGCUGAUGGAGAAGGACAGUUCCAAGAGACAGGAGCAAAUUGAUAAUGAAAUGUACCUUGCACGUGAGAAAGCACUAGCAGAUGCAAACUACUACAGGAUCUUGAAGGAAGCAGAGGCUAAUAGGCUCAAACUGACACCUGAGUAUCUUGAGCUGAGGUUCAUUGAAUCAAUCGCCAAUAACUCAAAGAUUUUCUUCGGUGAAAAGAUUCCUAGUAUGAUCAUGGAUCAAAGGUUGCUCAAGAAUUACCUUGAUGCUGUUCCUAGGAAGGACCAUUAUGAAAUGUAGAAGCGUUUCCGUUUGUUGGAAGCAAGAGACCUUUUUUUGUGUGUGGUCCCACGCAGUAGGUAGGAUUCCCACGGAGCCGUUCAGUACAUCAGUAAGCUAGGAGUCAUCAGGAUCCUCUUGAAGAUGAAAUUAGCAGUUAUGAGAUUUUUGGCUUGUUUUGUGUAGUAGAUGCAUUAGGGCAACUGGAGCAUUCGCAUGUGACCGACAGUGAUGCAAUGCAAGCAGUGCAAAUCCUGUUGGGUAUAUCUUGCUAGUCUUCAAAACUGAUGGUCAAGGCUGCUGGGGUAGGCCUGCUACACAAGCUUUGUAACCACUGACCCGUUUGCUAGGGCUCUAGCACCUAAAAGAACUCCGGCUCUGGUUUCUUACGUGGAGUUAUGUGGAGUGACUUCUUUGAUGGGAGUUUGAAGGUGUUUUGAAAAAUGUAAGACAAAAAGUACGUCUAGUGAUAGUUCUGCAAUAAUUUAUAUUAGGUUUGUAAAUGGUCAAACUGAAGAUCGUGAUUGAUUUAGAGCAUCUCCAAUAGUCUUUCUAAAGCCCACACUUAAAUCAUCAUUUGAAGUGCCAUUUGUAUAAAAAAUUGUUUUUAUCA